UCCCGUCUGGUCAAUAGCGCGCGGCGCAUGCGCGGUAACGCAUCACGCCCCCACCGCCUCCCCCCGGCCCGUCUCCCUCCGCCCUAUAUAAGGCGCGCGCGGCGGGGUCCCGGCUCCGCAGUGCGCGUGGGCGGCGCGGCGGCUCCGCGCGCCUCCGGGACCCCCCUCCCCUCCCCCGGCUCCGCCGCCGCCAUGAGCUCGGGGACCCCCUACAUCGGCAGCAAGAUCAGCCUGAUCUCCAAGGCGCAGAUCCGCUAUGAGGGCAUCCUCUACACCAUCGACACCGAGAACUCCACCGUGGCGCUGGCCAAGGUGCGAUCCUUCGGGACCGAGGACCGGCCCACGGACAGACCGGCUCCUCCCAGAGAAGAAAUCUAUGAGUAUAUUAUUUUUCGAGGAAGUGACAUCAAAGACAUCACUGUCUGUGAACCUCCAAAAGCUCAGCAUACUCUGCCACAAGAUCCCGCCAUUGUCCAAUCUUCACUGGGCUCUGCCUCUACAUCAUCCUUUCAGCCACAUGUGCCUUACAGCCCGUUUAGAGGUAUGCCACCUUACAGCCAGCUUGCUGCCAGCUCUUUGCUUAGCCAGCAGUAUGCAGCUUCAUUAGGUUUAGAGAAAUUGGUAAGCCCUCCAGCAUCAGCAGCUGCUUCCAGCCCUAGUUCUUCUCCGUCUCCACAACCUGUUUCAGAGCCUGACAUGUCUUCAGAGCCCCAUCAGCUCUCUUCCAAGGGUGCUGGCUUUCCUUCUGUUCACCCAGUCCGCAAAAGCCCCAUGGUAGAGCAGGCUGUCCAGACUGGCCCAGUUGACAGCGUGAACUCCCAAAAGCUGCCCCCAGUGAAGGUGACUCCGGGGAUCCCGCGCAGCGCCCGGCAGGUCCCGCAGGCCAACAGCAAAGCGAGCGUAGAUACAGUUCAGGCAGCACCUGUGCAAACCCAAGGACAGGUGAAUGAUGAAAACAGAAGACCUCAAAGGAGAAGAUCGGGAAACAGGAGAACCAGAAACCGUUCUAGAGGACAAAACAGACCAACUACUGUGAAGGAAAAUACAAUAAAGUUUGAAGGUGACUUUGACUUUGAAAGUGCAAAUGCACAAUUCAACAGAGAAGAGCUUGAUAAAGAAUUCAAGAAGAAACUAAACUUUAGAGAUGACAAAGCAGAGACGGGGGAAGAAAAAGGGGACCCUGGAGUGGCAACCCAAAACAAUGAUGGUAAUGCAGAGGAGGACCUGCUGGGCCCCAACUGCUAUUAUGAUAAAUCCAAGUCUUUCUUUGACAACAUUUCUUCAGAACUGAAAUCUAGUUCCAGGCGCACCACGUGGGCUGAGGAAAGGAAGCUCAACACAGAGACGUUCGGGGUGUCCGGACGGUUCCUUCGUGGCCGCAGCUUUCGAGGUGGAUUUCGAGGUGGAAGGGGGAGUGGAGCAGCAAGGAGAAACCAAACCACUCACAGAGCUGGUACUGGCAGAGUGUAACUUCAGAGGUUCAAACAUCUCUCCUGAGAAGAUGAAACUGUAUAUAAAAAGAAAACAACCAACUGCUGCACUAACGUGGGAAAAUGGUUCAUAUUGUUUACUGUCUCAGCUCAAGUGACAGAAUUUCAUGUACUACUGCUUAUAUUUUGGACUUACUUUGGACCAGCCACUGUCUGCUGGAAUAUUUUUUGGAAGAGGGAAUGUGUUCAGGGGUACCUUCUUCAGGGUGUCUUUUCUUUUUGUUUGUGUUUUUCAAGUGCAGACUAACUUACACGGUUCUUCUUUCUGGGUCUCUCAAGGCUGCUAUAGUCUAAGCUCAAAGUCAGACUCCUUUUCUGAACCCUGGAGAAGAGAAAUCAUGCUGUUGUAACACGGAACCAAAGCUCACUUGAAAUAAACCAGCUAUAAUUUGUUUGUUCUGAGUAACCAAAUGGAUCCUUUGGUGCUGCUGGUCUCUCACGGAUCUUGGCAGCAGGUGUGAAGUAGCACUUGGUAUCUGGAGAAAUGGAUUCCUGGUGCUGAGGAGUUGUGUAUAUUGUCACUUGGGAAUACUGGAGUGUUGAUCAUGUAGUAGUGUUUCUGACUGUACAGCUGUUUGUGGGCUGCUGCUGGGCUGGAGGUACCACAGGACCGUGGCUCUGCCUUGAGCUGAAGGGUGCUGGGACUGCCUGGGGCUUGGAGCUCCUGGCCGGAGCGUGGGGACACCAUGUGGGAUGGGAGCAGUGACUGUCCCCACUCACGUGCAGAGUUUUUGGCAGUAGUGACUGUCUGGGAAGGAGACCUGAAGCUCUGACUUGUUUGCCUCGGUUUGUACCUCGCUGGAGGCAGCACCAAAUGCAAACAGUUCUCUGUACUCUGUAGACUGUGGUGGAACUCUUUGGAAUGUUUUCAUUCAACUAGGGAUGGGAGACCAUAUAAUGAAGCUUAACAGAUGGGCAUGUUUAAUUUCUUUCCUCUAUACCCCCAUACUGUAAAUAGUUUAGUUGUUUUUCUUUUGUUUUUAAAAAUCUGUAUGUGGGGAGAGGGCUGGGAGGGAGGGUUACCUUUGUUUGCAUGAAAUAAGUGGGUUAAAUUGCUAUAGGCAUGUGUCCUGUUUUUGGUUGGUAGGGAAUUUUGUUGAAAAAGCACCUUGAUGACUGAACCCCUUACAUAGCUCAAGUUUUUUUAGUUAUGCAUUGACCUAGGUUACUGUAAAAGCUUGGAUUUAUUUUUGUAGGACUUUAUUGCUGAGAAUUAGAACAUAGCAGUGGGGCUGCUCUUUGGAGUAAUGUAAAUUGUAAUUAUAAUAAACAUGUAAAUGUUUAA